AUGAACCACAGCCGCUAUCCGCCCGAGGGCUCCAACUCCCGGGAGCCAAAGGUGGCUAUCCCGAGAAUACCCGGCCAGAAUUAUCAGAUCCCGCCGUCUACACGAACCCCUCGAGCCCGCAGCGAAGUCGUGAGCAAAGCCCGUAAAUCGCACGCAUUGACCGAGCUCUUGCUCGAUCUCAGCAGCCAGCUCGACGAGGCGAGCCAGAAAAAGGUUGAGGAAACAUUGGCAUCCUUCGAAGAUGACACGCCUCCUCCUCCACCGACUCCUGCGCUAUCACGUGGUAAGCGGGCAAGGAGAGCUUCAUCAUCUCAUGCCAAUGACGACGCUCGAAGUACCACCUCUGCAGAGGGCGGAGAAGCUCACGUCUCCGCUUCUGUCGGCUCCAACGAAGACCUAGAUUUUGUCCAAGAGGACAUUUUGCGCACCGAAGACGCAGACAACACGGGCUACAUGGGGCGCAACUCGCAAGUCCAAUGGCUCCGAGCCCUUGAAACCAAGAUUGAACAUCCUGAACGCGAGUCCUCUGAUUUGCCAUAUGGGCCGCCUGGGGCCGAGGGAGACGCUUUCAAUCAGCGUGCUAAAGCACUUCGUGGGCGUCAGCAGCACGGCGACAACCGGCAAUCCCCCGACAACGAUCAAUUCCUCGGCUACUACUUCUAUCUUGACAAAUCCAACAUCGACAUCGAUAUUGGUGACCCACAUGUCAUACCCUUUGCUGAUACGGCCAAUCGUCUUUUCGAGUACUAUAAAGCGGUCGUACAUAGCCCAUUCCCAAUCCUAGGUGACAUUUUCGAACAUCAGCUACGCGCGUUUUUCACGAGAGAUCAAAGUAGUGCUACAUUGGUGGUAUGUCCAAAGUGGAAAGCUGUUAUGAACCUCGUUUUCGCCAUCGGUGCACGCUACUCACAUCUUAUCGGUGCAGAGUGGCGGGCCGACGACCACGACCAUUUAGUGUAUAUGUGGAGAGCAGUACAUCUUUUGCAGCUACAGUCUCUCAACACAUUAGUCGCACAACCAGAUCAGACAAUGAUACAGGCGUUCGGGCUUCUCUCUCUGUACUAUCUGACGAUUGGACAUGUCAGCAGGGCUUGGUACAUGAUCGGUAUCGCCAUCCGCCAUGCACAAGCUGCAGGUCUGCACCUUAGACACGAGGAUCCUUCCAUGUCUCCUAAGAGGAGGAAGGCGCUAGCCCAGAUUUGGUGGUCGCUUUACUCCAUUGAAUGUGUCCUUACUUCAAUAACAGGACGUCCUCGCGCUGUAAGUGCCAUAGACUGUACAGUACCGCCACCGGGCGCGAAAGGAACUGAAAUGGAGACACCAUUACGUAAAAAUGCGAUGUCUUCUGUAGUAAGUCGGGUCUCCGAAUCUUCUGCCAGUGGGACCACACCCGAUGGAAGUGUGGAUCCAUUCGAUGUAGCCUACGUUAGGCUCGACAUUCUUAUGGACAAAAUUCUGUCUGGUCUGUACUCCGCGCAGAAGUCUGCCAAGUCUUGGAAGGCUGCGCAGAAGGAGAUUGCUUCGCUAUCUGACGAAUUGGAAACCUGGGCUUUGCAUUCCCUAUCUCGAGGUCCAGCUGCAGCAACUGCCGGUGCGACAGGGCACGAUCUGAAUCGAGAGCAGCUGCUACUUUAUCUAUACUACCACAGCGCUAAGAUCUGCAUCACUCGGCCCUGUCUGUGUCGGCUGGAUUUGCGCAUAAAGGGGCAGAGCGAAGAGUCGAUUCGAUUCAACCAGAAAACUGCGGAGGCCUGCAUAGGCGCAGCCCUGGAUAUUACCUCCACGUUGCCAGAUCGCCCAAACCCUGCAUGGUAUUAUGAGAACGGUCCGUGGUGGUGUGCUGUCCAUAUGAUCAUGCAAGCCCUUACGGUUCUACUUCUUGAGCUGUCGCUGGACGGUAUCCACUUGACAGUCGAAAAAUCACAUGUCACAUCCUGCGUCGACAAGCUUAUACGAUGGCUGAGUGCGAUGAAAUCGGUCGAUGCAAUUAGCGAGAGCGCAUACAACGUUGUGGCUAGAGUAUUGAAUAAGCAGAGCAAUCAAGAAGCGGCCCGUCGGCAACUACCUCAGCCACAGCCAACUGAUCAGCAUCAACAACAACGCCAGGCACAAGACACGACCCUGGAGUUGCAGCAGCAAUAUCAGUCGUACAGUCAACCUCUUGCAUUGCAACAGUCGGGUGUCGUAUGGCCAACCACUGAUGCAUUCAAUAGCAACGACUUUUACUCGCAAUCCAACACAGGCAACUUCUAUUCCAACAAUAUCUCCGGAAGUGAAUACCUGAACGAUCCUAACGCUGAGCUAAUGGAUUUCGAUCAGCCACUCAAUAUGUUCUAUGGAAAUCCUUACGAGGCGACUUUCGAUCAAUGGGAAUGGGACCCGGCGGCGUUUGAGGAUCCCGAUCCGGGGCAGCAGCGAGGCCCGAGCGGGGAUCAAGGCGGUUAUCAAGGGUACGGUGGUAGCUAA